UAUCAUUGAUCAAUGGAAAAUAGUUUUAUCAUUGGGUAUUAGUUAUUCGUUUAGUAGUUCGUGGAUAGGGGUAGCGGUAACGUAAUUUGGGAUUGUUCUCGCCAUUAAGAAGAGCCUCUACUCGAGGGCAUCGAGAAACAUAUCCAAAUUUCUUGUGUGAGGGUUUAUACCGAUAAAUUUUCAUAACAAUUGGUAUGAGAGCCUGGUUGCUCAACGACGAGAAUCUAGGAGAAAAUGUCGAAUCCAUAUCAGUUCUAUCUGUAGCCGCAUCCAUACUACCAUCCAUCGUAUUAAUAAUCAUCGGCGUAUCCGCCGCAGCCGUUAGGGCUGAAAAUUUCCCUGUCCCGUCCCUGUCCCGUCCCUAUCCCUGUCUGACCCGUCCCUGAAGGGUCAAGAUGUAUAACCGUCCCGUCCCGUCCCUGUCUCCUUCUUGACCCUGUCUGCUCCUCAAGGGUUGGGACGGGACGGGACGGGCUAGUGGAUCGACCCUAAUCAACACACUACUUUUUUACAAAUUACGUUUUGGUACCCAAAAUUAUUUUUUCUUACAAUUUAGUACCUAAAUUUUAUUUUUUUUACAAAUAAGUCCAUAAAUUUUGAUGGUAAAAUUACGUUUUGGUACCCAAUUUUUUUUAUUUUUACAAAUUAGUACCUAAACUUUUAAAACUUUACAAAAAGGUCCAAUGAAGUAUGAGAUAUUUUUUGUUGCUAAGGGUCACAGGGUCAAAACGUGACCCGUCCCUAAGUUGUCCCGACCCGUCCCGACCCUUACAGGGUCAACAAAUGACCCGUCCCUAAUCUGUCCCUGUAGAAAAACUGACAUGUCCCGACUCUUAGGGACGGGACGGGUCGGGACGGGUCAGUGGGUCUUCCAGGACAUAGGCAAGGAGCUACAUUCUUCCUCAACAAGUGUUGGGUGACAAUCCAGCACUGCUACGGCCACUAUCGUCAUCUCAUUUGCCAUCUUCACAUCAUCCUCCAUGGUCGUAUCAUUAUCGACACGAAUGUCAAGACCUAGAGAGCUUAGUUGUCAGGGCUAGAACUGCAGAAGCUGCUUUGCCAUACGCCACCGCAAAUCAGUACCAAUUUCAAGUUUCAUAUCCUCAACAAGAUUUUGCGACAUGGCUAGGUUAUCCAAAUUUAUUUUGUUCAAAACCGACCUCCACCACCAUCUCCACCAUCGCCAUACUUGUACGCUCAAAACCAGCAGCAACCGAGGUAUCAUUUGGAAUGGGGACUACAAGAAGAGUAUUAUUACCUCUAUUCGUCCACCAUUGCCAAUACGGAAGACCCCGCAACAUCGCCAAUGCAUCCGCAAAUCUAAGAUCCAAUAGAACAUGCGCUGACAUUGACCACUUUUUCCGCUCCAGUUCGCGCAUGCCCCACCGUCCAAAAUCCAAAUCAUGUCGUCUUUCAUCUCCGAGAUUAAAGUCACCGCUGCCCCGCCAAAGGAAAAAGAACGAGACAAUAUUGCCGAACUCGUGAAGGUCCAAAGCGUGCUCGACCAAGGCAGGGUUCAAAGCUGGCAAGUUGGAAUUGAGAAGUUGAAGAGUGAACUCAAUUCCCUCUUGGAAGCUUGUCGAGACAGGCCGAGGAGAGCUUCAUCCAAUCCACCAACAAUCGUCGAAGCUUUAUCAUUAUCACAUGUAGCAACACUUGCCUCCCGACGUCGAACCGGAUACAAAGGAGCUAAUCCUAGCUCCAAUACCAUCGGCUACAUCAUCACUGGUUGCCACCAAUCCAACCGCACCACCAUCCGAGGAGCUGCUGUCGGAGAUAGUUAACGAGGAGGUGUCGCUCCUCGUUCCCUCGUCCAAUUUGGCCGACCUGGCUGCUGCGCCCCAUAACCACGAAUGGCCAUUCUUGUCCAACGGUCGACCAUCACCACUAGCGGUGGGCAAUGGGCGGGUUAUGUGGGUUUUGGUUUCAAAUUGACCCACCCGCUUACUAGCGUGUUGGAAUAAUUUUGACCCGCAAUCCACCCACAUACUUCUGCGGAUUAGGUUGCGUGGGUGGCAGAUGGGUGCGGUCGGGUCGUGGGUCACCCCGCAAAAGCAAUUCUCCAACUAUCCAUUAAGAAAGUUGGCUAACAUUUAUAAUAAGGUCAUAGCAAAUUA